AUCUAUGUCAAGACAGUGGUGCCACUGAAAUGGACAAGGAAUUACUAUUUUUGACUCCACACGGUAGAGUUAAAACAACGAACAAGAUGGCGUCGAACGGUGGAAAAGUUUAGCAAAUUAUAUUCUACUUUUAAAUGUCUAGAUGUUAGCCUUUUAAAAAAAAAUUUACUUGUUGACAAGGCACCCAAUCAGUUUUAAGGUAUUAUGUCAUUUACAGGAAUUGAAAAGUGCGAAGUUGACCUUACACAAACCGUAAAAUUGAAAUCCAAAAAUGAAACGUUUCCAUGCGGACAAGCAACAACCUCCACAGCCGGACAUUUAACCCAGGAGGAGCUGGACAGACUGAGCAGCGAGCGGACUCUGGUGUCCGACUUCAAACAGAUGAAAAUUGAAAAAGAAGCUCAAAAAAACUGGGACUUGUUUUACAAGAGAAAUACUACAAAUUUCUUCAAAGACAGACACUGGACCACCAGAGAGUUUGAGGACCUCCAAGCAUGUAGAGAGUUUGAGUCCCAGAAGCUGGUUCUGCUGGAGGCUGGUUGUGGAGUAGGAAACUGCAUCUUCCCUUUGCUAGAGGAGGACCUCAACAUCUUUGUUUAUGCAUGUGAUUUCUCACCCCGGGCUGUUGAAUUUGUCAAAAAAAAUCCUCUGUACCGCCCCGACCGCUGCUGUGCGUUCCAGUGUGAUUUAACAAAAGACCAUCUGAUGGAAAAUGUUCCAGAGGCCAGCGUCGACGUUGUUACUCUCAUCUUUGUCCUGUCGGCCAUUCAUCCUGAUAAGAUGAAGGUGGCUUUAGAGAACAUUGGCAAGGUUCUGAAGCCUGGCGGUGUCAUCCUGUUCAGGGAUUAUGGCCUCUAUGAUCACGCUAUGCUCCGGUUUAAAUCUGGCAGCAAGCUGGGGGACAACUUCUAUGUCCGUCAAGAUGGAACAAGGUCCUACUUCUUCUCUAAAGAGUUCCUGGCUAAGCUGUUUGAAGAGGCGGACUUCCAGUCUGUGGUUAAUGAAUAUGUCCUGAGAAAGACAGUCAAUAAGAAAGAGGGGCUUUGUGUUCCCAGAGUUUUCCUUCAGAGCAAGUUUAUCAAACCAGCACAUUCCCAACAAGGUUCUGGACUAUUAUCUCACAAUUCUUCCAAAGAGAGCAAACAAGAAGAUUGAAAUGUGGACAGUAAAACAAUUUAUGUCUACUGGAUGAAAUUGGAAACUACAAUAAGGGACUUGGGGUUUCCUACCAAGUUUGCUCUUUGAACGAGGAGGUAUUUAAAUUUUUUGUACAACAAAAAUUUUCAGUUCAUUAGCAUGCCAAUAUAGAACCAGGUGAGGAUUUUUUUUAAAUACUUUUUUGUUUGUACCCUUUUAAAAAUAUUUUUAACCAUCUAUGUCUUCUUAUCCAUUGAAGAUGAUCUGUAAACCUUGAUUGGGUCAUUUCAGUUUGGUCCUUUCAAAUAGUCAUUUAUUCUUUAAAAUAACAAUGAUGUCACAAACUCAAAGAUAUAUUCACAUCCAGGCUACAUAAAAUAAACUCAAUACAGUCAGCUGAAUUUCAUGUAUCUUCACAUUCAUCAGAGCUUGAUGUCACAAUUUUUUUUUGAGUGAGAAUAAAAAGUGACCAAAGACUAUGA